UUAAGCUUUGUCGUGUUUGCUCUUACCUGCGUUUGCUUUGCACUAUAUUUUGCCUAUACACUUAGCAGAAGAAGCUUUGAUUGUCGGGACUGCACAAUUUCGGUGGAUGUAUCCGAUAGAGAGCAGCCGCCAUCUUCUUCAAGGUCCACAUCUCAAUCGAUAAACGAAUCACAAUCGACUGAUGAGUUUGGACUAGCAUUGUCGAACUCGACAAAUGCACGAGGUACUGCAAAGGGCAUAAAGAAGUGGGGUACUGGUGUACAAAUUAAGGUUGAUUUUGAUGACAAAUUUCAACCAGUGGGUAAGAACGCUGCAGCAUUAAAGGGGCAGCUAGGACAAAUAGUAGGAAAUGGGAGAAAAUUUUCUCUUACGUAUGCUGAUUGGCCCGCCGUGUCGGAUAAUGUCAAGGAAGAUAUUUGGAAUGAGGUUAAGGAUAACUUGGUUGAUGUUCCUGAUGGUUAUAAGGAAGCAUGCUUACAGUCAUGUAAUAUGUUGUGGAAGGAUCGAAAGUCUAAGCUAAAGAGAAAAUGGUUUACACCUCAUAUGGAUGAGCCAGACCUUAGUUCUAAAGUUCCAAAGAACAUUGUGCUUGAACAAUGGAGAGAGUUAGUGGAGUAUUUUAGAAGUGAUUAUGCAUAUGAAGUAGCUGCUCGAAACGCAUCCAGUAGGGAAAUGAGAGGGUCGACCCAUACAACUGGAAGAACACAUUUUGCCCAAAUACGAGAUAGGAAGGAAUAUGAACAACGGCUUUCUGAGUAUGCUGAAUCUGAACGGACUGUAGGUAUUCGAGAUCAAAUCUUCCACGAACUAAUGGGAGAGGAUGGGCACGGAUAUUGUCAGACAUAUGGUUCUGGAAUUCAUCGCAGUGCUGUAUAUGAUCGGCAUAAGCAAUCAUCAUCCAUUUCAACUAAUGAUAUGAUAUCUAUCGAAAUUGCUAGACAAGUCAACGAGGCAUUAGAGAAGGUGAACGUGGAGUUCAACAAACAAGUGGAGGAGAUGCGUGUCAGGAUUAUAUAUUUGGAAUCUGAGAGGUGACAUCACGUAGAUGCAUCUGGACAGGCUCAAGAUGCAACUAGUGUAAGAGAGUCUGUAGGAGAUGGCAGUACUCCAGGAUCAUGAGAGUGAACUUGCAACACUAGUUAUAUCUUGAUUGAGGAUUAUAUAUAUGUUAUGUUGGUUAAACAAUUUCUAGAUACAUAGAGAUACUAGUCGAUGAGGAUUUUAGUAUGACUUAUUUUGAUAUGAACAUAAUGAUUUCAUGUUGUUUUGUGUUUGUGUUUGUAUGACUUAAUGGAUAUUGUUAGUUU